AUGAGUAGUGAGAAUAACGAUUACCGCUGCGUGCCUCCCGGGACAAAGAUCUUGAAUUUUCGUCGACAAAGCUUCAUCUCUGAUUUCAGUGACGAUGUAGGCUUGAAUCGUGGCCAUCCAAGGGAAAAAUACCACUUAUCAUCUCCAGGGAUAAAUCCUGAUGUUUCUAGGACUACUAUGAACAUCCUACACCAUUCUGGAGGAUAUUCAAAUAUUUCUGUUGGGGCGUCUCGGGAUAGUUCUCUGAAAUACAACACGAGUGGCUCAUCCUCUCCGAGCUAUCGCUCAGCAGGAAGUAUGAUUUCCGUCGACGGAUUUCUGAAGACACCAGAACAUAAAAUCUUUGAUUUAUCAAGGAGAAGGAUUUCCCCACACUGGUCAGUUGGGAAGCAGGUGAAGAGCAAUACUCCAAGUCCAUUUGAACUUUCUCCUGGUGAAAUGGAAUACCCCGACGAAUAUGUGCCAUCUCCCAAACGCUGGCCUUCUCCUGUGUCUGAUACGGCCUGGGUCUCCAACAAGAAUGAUUCUCUUCGAAUAAGGGUGCAAAAAGCGAAUUUUUCAGAUUAUAUGGCAUCCUCUGACAGAAUGUUUGUUACCGAUGAUACAGGGAACACCCUAAUCAUGGGAAUCACUGAAUCAACUCAGGCAAAAACAAACAAUGUUCAACACGUUGGCUGUCAAGCUGAAGAUUGUAUUUCAGCACUUUCUCAAAAACUCGAGAGGAAACUGUUUGCUUCUGACCUUCGGGAUAAAUUAUCUGCCGAUUUGAGAACAAUAUCGAUGUCUGAUCAUGGUGCUGCCCAAAAACCGGACAAUCUAUUGCCUGCUGAAUUUAACAAAGAGACAUCCAUGACAAUUGGGUGGAAUCGUAAAUACAAGGAUUUAAUUGCUGAAAUGAAACUGAAAGGGUCAAUUGGAAAAAAAGAAGGCGAAGACCAAUCGAAAUCUGAGAACUUUAGACCCGUGAUGGUUAAUGAUCCGCACUGGAUGGAUAGUCCACGCCUUGAACCGCUCGAACGGCCGCGCCUUAAUAAGUUACAGAGAUGGGGACUGGCACAUCGUACAUCAAGAGCUAAUCUUCUUGACCCAAGCCCAGAAGUGGUCGGACCACGAAGCAUAACGCCCACACCGAACGAGUUUCAGCUCCUUCAAGGAUCGUCUGCCACUUUAAAACAGGAUUGCAAUUUUGGCAAUCUUGAGAUGUCGCCAGGGAAGGGAGAAGUCCCAUCUGACUCUGAGGAUAGUGAUUGCUGUAAACAUUGGGAAGGAUUUGAUGACGCUUACGAUAUCUCUGACCCUAUAAGCCCACAACAAACAGGUGAUGAAGAGGAUAAAUGGAAGCUUUCUAUGGGGAAAUGGGCCGAAAAAGGUGUAGAGGUUAUGAAGCCAGUGAACGAAGAAGGGCGGGAUGAUGGUAGCAUGCUGUCGUCGCCUUGUUCAACGAGAGCUGUCCGCUGGCCCUCCCCCAUAUCUCAAUCCUCUGAUAGAGAAUAUCUUCUCCGGGAUUCUCCCGUUUCUGAGAAUGAUAGUGCGGACUAUCCCUACCAUCUAGGCGCAGAAGAUACAGGACCAAGGACACCGUCUCCAUUGCUUCCCUUGCUAACAUCAGAGAAAACUGAUAUUUUGGAGGAUAGCAAGAAGGACAAUGUCCCGUUUGAAGAGACUUCGAAUCGGCUUUUCCCUCGCCGCAUGGCUAGAGCCUCCAGAAAUCCUAUCACUUCUCCAGGUGUAGCCUCUCCACCACGCCCCCUGCCUGUGAAACUUAUCAGGAUGUUUGAAGACUUGAGCAAGCCAUUGCCUAUUAGUCCUCGAUCUAGUUCUAUCAACUACUCACCGGAGAGAGGUUAUUCUUCCCCGGAAAAAUGCGAGGGUAGCCGUGUGCAAGAGCCUAAAGUGUCAACCCCCGAGAUUGGUAACGCUAUUGGAGCUGUUAGCUCUAAGGAAAUGGGGAAGUCCCUCUCAUCAACUCCCAAAGCUUCUGAUGAUGGGCUCAAUGAAUGCUUUUAA